CCUUUCUCUUCUAGGUUUCAGAACUCGACGUACUAAAGUUUUAUUGGUGAAGCUCCCAAACAGAACAACAUUUGUGAAACAAUAACAAAGCCGAAUUUGCAUCUCAUCUUCCAUGGCUCAAAAAGUAGCUGAUGAGAAGAAUAUCAGCUUGAAGGCGUUGGUGGACAAAGGGACAAACAGAGUUAUCUUUGUAGAGGCUGAUAAUGAUUUCAUUGACGUUCUCUUCAGUUUCUUGACAAUACCAAUGGGAAGAAUUGUGAGGCUUGCUCGUGACCAUUCAAUACCAGUGGAAAUAGGUUGCAUGAACAAAUUGUAUCAGAGUAUUGAGAAGCUUGAUGUGCAGGUUUUCAGGUCUAAUGCAUGUAGAGACAUGUUAUUACUUCCGUACAGUGCAGCAAACUGUUAUUGCAAGAACCUCAAAUUGAAAAUUGUUGAUGAUGUUGAGCCAACACGGUUUAUGUGCUGUGUUUUUAGUUUUCAUUCCUGGUUAAGUUAUUAUGCAAAUGUUACUUGCGGUUUCGAUUCAUGUUCAUAUCUCAUCAAUCGUCCACUGCAUCCUUCAGUGGGCGAUUCUGAAGUUGGAGAAGUCUUUGUAAAAGAGGGAACCAGGGUUAUAAUUACUGAUGAUUUACAAGUGAUACCCCCAUUAAGUGCAGCUGGCAUUUCCUUGUUUACCAAGCUUGGAGCCACUAAUAGCAAUACCACUGAGGAGCUAACUUUCAGUAUUGGAGUUGAGCAGGUUUUGAAUUUGCUUGUGGGCUCAUUUGUAUCAAAAACCCCUUUCACUGAAACUCUGCUGAAGCCUAAUCCUGUACCAAAAUUGGGUGGUUGGAAUUUCAAUCAAGAGAAAUGCAUGGAAUCUCAAAUGCCGGGGGCCUCGAUAAAUGAGGAAGAAGAAACCAUCUCUGUCAAGCUCAUAGUGAGUAAAUCAAAGAAUGUGGUUUGCUAUGCAGAAGUACGAGAGGAUUUUGUUGAUUUGGUCUUCAGUUUCUUGACUCUUCCACUAGGGUUUAUAUUAAAGCAGAUGCUGGAUUCCCCUUGGAAAGGAUGUAUUGAUCAGUUGUUGAAGGGUGUUCUGAAUUUUGAUGAGCAAUUUUUUAAGUCAAAUCACCACAAGGAACUGCUAUGCAAUCCCAAACUUGUUCCUGGGUUCAGCUAUGAGAACAAUCUUUUAGGAAUUGAGGAGACCGUGUACUACAAAUUUCCUGAGCGUAAGUUGACUUCUGAUAGAUCCAUUAUCCCUUCUCACCAGUCCUCAGAGACAUAUGAAGUACUUAAAUUUAUUGAUCCCAAAUCCCAUGGUGAUAAGGAUACAAGUAUUCGGGGAUUCUUAAAAUUACCAGCAAUUUUCACAGUCACUGACAAUUUGGAUGUAAGGCAAGUAUCUCCAAUCUUUCAACUGUCUAUUCUCAAUGAUCUGAAGGUACAUUUCACUGAUAUUGAGGAUCGAACAGUGCAUGUUGGCAAGAAGGAGGCUUUGCGUCUUUUGGUGGCUUCUUUUGUUUCUGACUCGGUUCUAACCGAUGCUUUCCUACGGAAUCCAAUUGAGACAUCAACUAAACAAGAGCAAUGAGGAGUAAUUAAGAAGAGGUGUUGCUGCGCAGUGAAGGUUGUAAU